GUGAGAGCGUGUGAGGGCAGCCCCGUCCCAUAAGGGGUAAAGAAGAAGAAGACAGAGGGGGAUUUUAUUUAUUUAUUCAGGGGUGUUUCUUUUCCCUCUCACCCAUCCUUUAUAUUUUUGAUCAUUUUUAUUGUUUUUUCUCGUGUGUGGAUUACUCAUCACCAGGAUUAAAAAAGAGGAUAUUGUGUUUUGACUGAAAGCUAUGGUGGCUUACGAUGAACUGGGUAGCUUGGUGCCUAUCAAACGGACUCUGCAAGUGAUAUACUACCAGAACCAAGCCAACAAAGACUUAGAGGAACCCAGCAACAAGCGUGUCCGUCUUCUCGGCAGGGUGACGUCGCUAGCCAACCUCAUUUCUCCGGUGAAGAAUGGGGCCGUCCGGCGCUUCGGCCAAACCAUCCAGGCCUCGUUCCGGGGCGAUGGCAAGUUGCCGGGCGUGCCCCAGAAGCCUUGCAGCAAGGCAGCGGCCCCAACACCGCCCAAAAGGAGGAACAGCACGCUGUGGUCGGAGACGCUAGACGUCCACCAGAAGGGAACAUUCUCCACCAAAGAGAUCAAGCGUCAGGAGGCCAUAUUUGAGCUGUCUCGUGGAGAGCAGGACCUGAUUGAGGACCUCCAGCUUGCACGCAAGGCGUACCACGAUCCCAUGCUGAAGCUCUCCAUUAUGUCUGAGGAGGAGCUGACACACAUCUUUGGCAACCUGGACGCCUACAUCCCGCUGCAUGAAGACCUCCUGGCUCAGCUGUCUAAAGCCACAGGGCCUGAUGGGACCGUAGGGCAGAUUGGACAGAUCGUCGUAAACUGGCUGCCGAGGCUUGACGCCUACAAAGACUACUGCAGCAACCAGCUGGCGGCCAAAGCUCUCCUCGACCAGAAGAAGCAGGACCGGCGUGUGCAAGACUUUCUGCAGCGCUGCCUUGAGUCACCCUUCAGCAGGAAGUUGGACCUGUGGAGCUUUCUUGACAUCCCACGCUCACGUCUGGUCAAGUACCCGCUUCUGCUCAAAGAGAUCCUUAAGCACACUCCUGCUGAGCACCCAGACGCUGCCAGUCUGGAGGAAGCAAUCACCAUCAUCCAGGGCGUGCUGUCAGACAUCAACAUGAAGAAGGGGGAGUCUGAGUGCCAGUACUACAUCGACAAGCUGGAGUAUCUGGACGACAGGCAAAAAGACACUCGUAUCGAGCAGUGCAAAAGCCUGCUGUGUCACGGAGAGCUGAGAAACAAAAGUGGCACGAAGCUGCAUGUGUUCCUGUUCACAGAGGUGCUGGUUCUCACCCGCCCCGUCACCAGGAACGAGCGCCACUGCUUCCAGGUUUACCGCCAGCCAAUCCCAGUGCAGGAUCUGGUAUUGGAGGAUCUGCAGGAUGGAGAUGUAAGAAUGGGCGGAUCCUUCAGAGGCGCUUUCAGCAAUGCAGACAAAGCAAAGAACAUUUUCCGCGUGCGUUCCCAAGACCCGAGCCAGGCUCAGUCCCACACGCUGCAGGUCAACGACGUCUUCCACAAGCAGCAGUGGCUCAACUGCCUCCGCAGCGCCAUCUCCGUCCACCGGCCCCUCAGCAAGCCCUCCACGCCCUCCCCACCCGCCAGCGACACUCGCUUCAAACGCCGCCCCUCUUCUGUCUCCGCCAUCAUCCACAUGGAGGAAGCGGACGAGAACCGCCCGCAGCCGGCCUCAAAGUCUGCCCCGACCUCGCCGUGCAACAGCACCGCCUCAAGUCCCACCUCCACGUCUCCUUCUACCUGCUCCUCGACGUCCUCUUUGUCGACGACAUCGUCAUCUUCGUCAUCGUCGCCGCUCUCCUCACCCACACCACAGAAAUCCAAAAAGGACAAGAAGUCUUUGUGUUCUUUAGGGAAGAGAAAAGAGACAAUGGUGUGAGCUAAGAGGAGAUAAUGGACUCCUGAGCAGACUUUUUUGUACAGAAAGGAGGAGAGGCGUGGGACUUGUAUUUAUGUGUGUCUGCGUGCGUGCGUAUUAUUACAACAGUGUUCUGUGUUACUGUCCUCUUCGGCAGCUAUUUACCCUACCCCUCCAUCCGAGUGCAUCCCACAGAGAGACAGUAUUCUGGAGAGACAUGCACGGCUUCCAUCGCUCUGAAAAGGGAAGCUUAACAAAGCAAACACGAGGGGGUUUCUUUCUUGAAGAUAGAGGUGGUGCAUUCAAUCCUGUUUACUAUUAAUUUGAUAUUUAAGCAUUACUUUAGACCUUAUGUUGGGGCUAAUGAAAGUUUUACAUUUUUAUAUUCAAAAAUUUAUUGUAGUAUUUUUUUAGGUAUCAUAAAGCAGCACUGUUUUAGCUUUUAGGUGAACUAUUUGAAAUUUUGAGCAUGUUCUUAGCAGAAAAGGAAGAAGAGAAUCCCAAACAUGAUCAGUGUGCUACACAAACACAAGGAUGCAAAUCUCUCUUCAAGAUUGAAGAGUAAUCAGAAGACGUCUUAUUUUUAUACAUUCCUUUAAUGACAGAUGUAAUGAUCAGGACACUAUUUUUAUUAUUUUGCAUUAACUGCAGUCAGAGGCAUUAAUUUAAAUCCAUUAACUGAAUAAAAAUUCAGUUUUUCUCUGUUGGAACAAAGACAUCACAGAAAUCAUCUGAUGUUGAAAUCAUGUCAGAGAAGAGGAUUUUCAUUUUGAAACAAAAUUUUGAACUGAGCCAUGUUGGUUUUAAAAAGAAGCUGACUUACAGAAUGAAUCACUUUUCAGUGUAGCAUCUUGCAUGGAGCUUUAGUUGUGGACACUGCAUGCACCAGUAGAGGCUGCAGGAUGUAUUUACUCGUCCUGAUGAGAGGGACGGUUAAAAAUGUUUAAGACUGGUUGAUGAAAUAAAAGAAAGUUGAUGAUGAAAGCUGAAGAGAAAAGACAGAUGAAGAUAAGUUUUUUAGACUGGAAGAGAUUGUUAAGAGCAAAAUGUUUGACUCCAUUAACGUUCUGUAGAAGUUGAUGUGAUAAAUUGCUCAGAGAUUGAUGACAGAUGGUAAAAAUCAAGUGAGAGUUAUUGAUGGAAACGCUACGUAGGGGAAGGGAGACAAAAGAAAGAAGAGUUUUGUAAAGUGUGUUUAAGAUAUUUUUGCUGUAAAGAUGGAAAAAGGAAAAGACAAAGGGGCAACUUGUUUGCCAUAAACUGUAUGUAAUUAAAAGAACAAUAAAGAUCUGUGUAAGAUUUGAAACUGAA